AUGUAUGAGCGGCAACGGGUUUGGCGUGCCUGCCAGGCAUGUCGUCGCAAAAAGGUCAAGUGCGACGGCGAGCACCCCUGUCAGAGUUGUACGCGCAACAAGGCGGAAUGUGUGUUCGAGCCGUACAGCAACAUGAGGCUAGUGGAUCCGCAAUAUGUGGUGAAACUCGAGAAACGACUCGCACAGAUGGAAAAGAACCUGAAAGACCAGCAUUCAAAUCCGGAAACUACAAGAGAAACACUUCAGUCUGCAUUUCCUUCACAUCAUCAUGGCGAUCUGGGCUCGCAACAUGACUCUGAGCCUGUUCAACAGCCGAAUCUCGCUUCCGACGAGGGUGCCGUAUCCGACCCGCCCAAUUACGCGCGGGCGGUUUCGGUUGAUGCGGGUGUCCAGACACCAGCAUCACCACUAGGACUCCGAGCCCACAACCCAGAGACAGAUAGGCAGUUCCAGCUCGGCACAAGUGACAUCCGUAUUCACAGCAAUCAACAAGAAAACACACAAGACGCGGCAUCAAAUACAGCACCUUUCGCAACGGAUGUGACGCGACUAAACACAGCGCUGAUAACAGUGCUAGUCGACUUGUUUUAUCAAUCAAUAUACUCAAUAUUUCCAAUCAUCCACGCUCGCAACUUUCGGCCACAAUAUGAUCGUUGGCUAUGUGAUCACCAGGAAAACUAUACCGGCCAACGAAUAGAUGAUGACGACAAUGAAUUUUCAUUCCUUUUAUACGCCUUACUUUCCGUCGCGGCGUCACUCAUACCGAAAGACCACGCCAUUUUCGAGCAGGACGGGUGCCAGAUCUAUCAGUUGGUUAACCUGGACGAUCUGAUUUACUCUCACGCUACAUCUCUGAGCUCGGGUCGACCUUAUCAACGAAACCCCACGGCCGCCAUCAACACAGUUGCCGCGCAGGGCUUACUGAGCUUGUAUUUGACCGAAAGAGGCAGAGUGAACGAAGCUUGGGUCAUUGCUGGGCAUGCGAUUCGGCUAUAUCAAGGCCUGAAUGUCGAGGAUGAUGGCGAUGAAGCGCCUCAUAGAACCGAUUCGUUCUCAACGUGCAGCAAUAUCUGGUGGUGCUUGUACAUCCUUGACCGCUCAUUAUCCACAGCACUCCUCAAGCCAUUGGCAAUCGAUGAUGCAGAAAGUGAAAUUGAGACUACCGGAGAGCAAGAGCAUCAUAUACCCACCACCGAGGCAAAGACAGAUCCUUGGUUUUCCGUCAUCGCGGAUUUUCACAUUACUAUGGGCCGCAUCUACAGAUCGGUUCGAUGGAUCCGCAAAUCACAGCCCUCUCAAAAUGCCAAAUUGAGGGAGACGCUGAGAUCAUACGUCAAAAAACACGACGCGGAGCUGGAGAACUAUUAUACCAAACAAGUAUUACCCAGAAUCGAAGCGACAGACCGACAAGAGCCACUAGCCUUACAGACCAUCGCUGUCUCGUCAUACUACAUCGGUGUUGUCCUGCUAUAUCGGACCUUCAUAGAGCGACUCAAUAUCGCCGAGCCAGAGGCAUUUCUACGCUGUGCCGAGGCAGCAUCAAAUUGCAUAAAGGUCACGCCACAAGUGAUGGCCACCGUGCCUGCCAGUCAUUUUGUCAUCCAGCAGAGUCGAGCCAUAUAUGCAAGCGCUAAAGUGCUUUUACAUUGUAUGCGGCUGGCGCGCAAUCCGACAUUCACCAAGAGAGCCUGGUCCGACGUUGAGUCUGGCUUGAACAUGCUGUGUGAUAUCAAGAUUCAGUGGCCUGAGAUCAAAAAGUACCAGACUCUCACCGAAGAGGACAUGCACCUCACACAGCGAGAUCUCAGGAAAUAUGAAUUGUUCUACAAAACUUUUGACGGAUACGGUCAAGUUACCCGCGUUCAUCAGCAAGAACAUAAUGAUCUUUCUCGCUGUAACCUGGUUGAAAUGCUGCUGAAUGAGGAGUUGAACGAUGAUCGUCGAGAAAACGAGGUUUCCGACCGGCAGCAAAAGCGACGGAAGCUAUCAUCACCAUCUGCAUUAUCACUCCAAGCCUCCGAGAAUCGGACAUCGCAUUUGCUUUCUAUGGAUUUGGAAACAGACGGAUACCCGGUGCUCGACCCGAUAAUGAACACCGAUGACUUCCUCCUUGGGGACUUAACCUCCCAACCCUCUACACUCGGAGACCCUUCAUUAGAUUUUUUUAGCGACGCGAUGCUGAUGACUUCGAUUGACAAUUUAUUCUCACAGUCCGAGGACUGA